AUGGCUUCGUACCAGCAACGCAGCUCGUACUAUAACUCGCCGGCGCCGACGCACGAAAAGUAUGACGCCGGCUUGCAACAGCAGCAGCAGCAGCAGCGGAGGCCGACUUCCGACCGACGAAACACACGCGGCACGCAGAGGUCGAGCGAAGGCACAGUGAGCACCAUGAUGAGCGGCUCUACCGGCAGGGAAUCCUCGGCCACCGCCAUGACCGAGGGCCCCGCCUACUCCAAGAAGAUAGUCGUCGUCGGCGACGGCGGCUGCGGCAAGACGUGUCUGCUGAUCAGCUACAGCCAAGGCUACUUCCCCGAGAAAUACGUCCCGACCGUGUUCGAGAACUACAUCACGUACCCCACGCACUCGCCCACAGGCAAGACGGUCGAGCUCGCCCUGUGGGACACGGCCGGUCAGGAAGAAUACGACCGGCUGCGCCCGCUGUCGUACCCCGAGACAGAUCUGAUCUUUGUGUGCUUUGCCAUUGACUGCCCCAACUCGCUCGAGAACGUCGUCGACAAGUGGUUCCCCGAGGUGCUGCACUUUUGCCCGUACACGCCGCUAAUCCUGGUCGGGCUCAAGUCGGACCUGCGGUAUAAGAAGACGUGCAUCGACAUGCUCAAGACUCAGGGUUUGACACCCGUGACGGCAGAGCAGGGCCUGGCGGUGGCGCACAAGAUGGGCGCCGCCUACAUGGAGUGCAGCAGCAAGGAGAUGACGGGCGUCGAGGACAUCUUCGAGCAGGCCAUCCUAACCGUCGUCGCCAACGACCGGAAAAACCUCGAGCUACUAGCCGGGAGCGGCGGCGGUACUUCCCAGAGUAACUACGGAAAGGCUGGCGGUAACGGCAAUGGUAAUGGUAGCGGCAACGCGGGCGUCGUCUACGGCCCCAACGGCGCGCGUAUUCCUAUUAUCGUCAAGAAGAGGAAGAGAAAGUGCGGCGUCUUGUGA